CGCACUCGAAAGCCAAAAAAUAAACCGUUCAGACGACAAUCUUCUUUCAACCUCAGUAGAUUCAUUCUACAUACCCUGGGUCCCCAUAAAUAAUUCUCCACGAUGAAAGUAGCUGCAGAGCUCCCCCUCCGUAUCCUUACCCAUAACAUCCGGUAUGCAACCUCAUCUCCAUUCCAGGGCGAGCGACCCUGGGCCGAUCGAAAGCAGCGGCUGCUGAACGAGCUACUGUACAAUACACGCCAUCAAAACGCCUUUAUAUGCCUACAAGAGGUUCUACAUAACCAGCUGGUGGAUAUACAUACGGGGCUGAACUCUCCCCAUCCCUCCUCCCCCAGCCAGACCUGGGAGUACAUCGGAGUCGGCAGGGACGAUGGCCGCGAAGCAGGCGAGUAUUCUCCGAUCUUCUACCAACCCGCAAUCUGGGAGCUCCGAGACUGGGAGACCGUCUGGCUGUCUGAGACCCCGGAUGUUCCCUCCAAGAGCUGGGAUGCCGCCUCGACCCGCAUCGUCACGGUGGGCGUCUUCACCCAUCGCGCGAGCCGUCGGACUGUGUUGGCAUUGAACACCCAUCUCGACGACCAGGGAUCCCGGUCCCGAUUCGAGGCCGCCCAUAUUAUCCUGGCGAAGAUCGAGGAGUAUCAGGCGAAGGCGACGUCCGGAGGCGGUAGCAGCAGCAUCUCGGGGGUGUUUCUUGCAGGCGACUUCAACAGUCAGGAGGACCAGGAGGCGUAUACUGUGUUGACAGCGCCGGAGUCGCCCUUGGCCGACGCGGCCAAGUUGGUGACACCCACGGAGCAUUACGGCCACUAUCUGACAUGGACCGGGUUUGGCCAUGAAGGGCAGGCUCCCACUCGCAUUGACUACAUCCUACUGGAGUCCACGGCGGACAAGGUUUUCAGCCACGGUCGCCAGCCGUGGAUAGUCGAGGGGUAUGCCGUCCUGGAAAAUCGGUUCGAAGACGGGGUCUUCAACUCGGACCACCGGGCAGUGGUGAUUGAUGUGCUCUUAGGCCAGUAGAAUGACGGAGGAAAUUGGUUGCAACAUUUUCUGGACAUAACCACCGACGAGUAACAUGUGCAAAACUGGACUGUCCAUACGGUACGGUAACACUUGGUAUGCUUGGUCACCGAUUCGGUACGGCAUCGAAAGACUAGAUCCACCGUUGGCGACACUGACGCGCUAACGGAGGACCGGCUUACUGUCUUGGGAAAGGCUUAGUGUCACAUGAUAAGCUGAACUGGUAUAGCGCGCGGGAGUGCGUCGGUUACCGUACGAAACAAGCGACGGUAUUACAGCAUCAAUACAAUGACAAGUGUAAGAAAGCUUGAGAUCGGACCAGAAGAU